AAUCGCACAACUAUAUUUAUGGGUGCGAUGUUGAUUAGGGCAAUGCAUUUAGCGGUAAAAUUGAACAGUAAAAUGUAUAUCCCUCAUCUGUUAGCUUUUAGAGUCAUUCGCUGUGUCAUUGUAUUCUACAAUUGAAUAGGUCAAUUUGUUUCGCUGAUUUGUCAUAGAACGACACCGAGUUUGUCUCCACAUGGGGUGAGAUUUAAGCAUACACAUUUUUUUUUUUUGUACCGAAGUAAUACUCUCAGCAUAAAACGAUUUCGCUUAUUUGACCUCCUAGAAAACGCAAGCCCCGUAAACUUUGAUAACUACGUCAUCACUUUUUGUGUGUGAUCAUAUAAGCGUCACAGGACAUAUUUCCCUUUGGCGAUGAAAUAAUGGCGUUUACAACGGCACCAAUGCGUUGGUACGACUGACAAAAAAAACUUCAUGGUGACUCGAUGAGAGAAUCAUGGAUCCCGGCAAGCUUGAAACCGAGGCUGAUAACCACAACACGAACCAAAAUGAAGCACCGGCCGGAAGCCGUGCCAAUCUAAUGACUGAACAGUUUCAGGACUCGACCUUUUUGACUCCUUCGAACACAGCUUGCCAGAACCUAGAGGUAAAUGUUGACAUCGAUAUAAAAAUAGAAUCGAGUUACGGUGUAUCGGUACCCACAAUAACGAUUAGCCCCGCCUCUCCGUGCAGUGGCGAUGUGCUCUAUGACAGAGAUGAUUACAAGACGUACGAGCACGGCGCAAGUGAACCCCACCAGAAAAAUGUUGAAAUGGAUCUGUUGUGUACUCCCCCGUGCGAUACGGCGUUGAAUAUUUCAACUCCAACUAGCGGACACGCAGAUGUAAGCUGCGGGCUAGACGUGAAUAACGAUGAAGACAUUGAAGUGAUAUGUCGCUAUUCCUCGACGCCGAUCAUGUCGACCGCCAGGGGCUAUAGCAUGGAUGAUACAGACUGCAGCAUGCUGUCUUUAAACAACGCCAGUCCGAUAGCACAGGCAGACAGUAUGCUUAAUCCGUCAAAUCUAAGUGUCAAUCAGUCUAUGCCCUGUGAUGUAGGGGAUGAAGGUGCAGAGAAAUCCCAGUCGAGCAGUGACCAGCAGGCGCAGAACGACAUGCUGGUCCAUCAUCAGUUUCUCUGUCAACACCCAGGGCAGACGAUGAUUCGACGCGACGGUGCUAGUGCCCAGAGCUCCCAGCAAGGUUAUGACGCCGGGCGGAAUAUCAACCAAUGCUCUCUCCCAACGGCCCUCAUCCUGACAGGUGCGUGCUCCAGCAACCCAAACGUGUACUCCACCUACAUGCCCGGGUCCGGCGCGUACAAUGAUUACUUCCCUACUCGUGACAAUUCUUGGACGGACUUGAGCUACCGCUCUGACCUCUCACCGGUGCCUCCGCUAUCCUCAAACCAGGCCGAUCCUUGCUGCUACUCUAUGAUGAGCGGGGUCUCCACGGAGACAGACUACUUUGUUUAUCCCUCAAUCUACGUGUCCAGCGCCGGACUCAUCUCCGUCUUGUUGAGGAAUGACAUGUCCGUUGAAAUGACGGUCGAUCGCACCAUUCGAGUCGUGUCUCACAACCACAUGAUGGCCGUGGCCACCGACAGCCGAGGGACGGCCGCCUGCCUGUACCAUCCGGCCGUCAAGGUGUUCCAGAUCGGGACCACCACAGACAUAGCCACUCAGAACUUCAGGGCCCGUAUGGGAGGCGGCGAUGCCAUCGUUUUUUCGAACGGGAUCAACUUUUUCAAGCUUGAAGACUCGGAGCUGCAGCCGACGGCGCCGAUAAAAUUCACAGAUAUUUUACGAGAUCAGUCGGUGAAUUUACUGUUUUCGUCCGAAGGCUACGGCGAGUCUCUCGUGGCAAGCUGUAUGCAGGUGGCAGCACAGGCGGAGUACGCCAACCUCCCGAAAGGUGGGGUCAUCGUCCGCAUCAACGGCGUCAAGGUCACGCAGACGGGAGGCGGUGACGUCACCGUUGUCACCGGAGCGAAGUUCAUUCGUCUGUCCCCGCACUUUGGCACGACCCGGCUCGGCAACCGUUUCGUCGACAUUGAGGUGGAGAAAGACUGGACCGUGAAGCUGACCCGUGGAUCCCACAGUUUUGUGUACUCCAAGAAGCGAGCAAUGGUUUGUAAUGGAAAGAUGGAGGCCGGCUUUGAUGAGAAUAACGGUUUGAAGGUGACCAACUUGCAGCCCCGCCAUCCACUUCUGGCUGAACCAUCCGUCGUUCGGCGCCCCGUCAGGAAGCCCGUGAGGGUUGCAUCGAGUUCAGGUACCCCAAAACGUAGGCCGGGUCAACAAGGCGUAGGUCGUGGAGGUGGUAUGAUGUAAUUCAACAUUGUUUUCUCCCCUUAUUUUUACGAUUUUAUUAUGCUAACGUGAAGUACGAAAACUAUGCAUAUUUACUAUUUAAAAAAAAAAAAAACUAUAUUAUUAAUUUUGUUUUGAUUUCGAGAUUGUAGUUUAAAUAAAAUAACAGUCAGCUUGACAUCGACUCAAUAUGACAGCACCAGUUGACUUUCUUGAACGCUAUACAUAACUGUAACAUGUGGACCAUAUAUCAAUGACGACAACAUGGAGAUAUAUCCAUUAAACAUUUUGUUACAUAUUUUGGCUGGCUAUUUAGGCCAAUCACAGGAAAUGUCUUUACAGUAUUGGCUGUGGUCUUUUGGUUCAUUGCUUAACAUACUUAGUCCUCAGUGACUACACUGCUGAUGUUAGGAUCAUCUCCCCCAGAAUGGGUCUGUUAUUAAAACUAGUUGUCAUACUAUUUACAAAAUACUGUAAUGCAUUUUUUUACUACCUUACUGCAUUAAACUACUUCGCAGAAAGCUUUUAAAUCAGCAGUUCUCAAGUUAAUGUAUUUAGUACCUCAUAUUCUCAGGAAACGAGAAUUUUUAUUUUUUUUAAUAUUUUUUUCUUUUUGCCUCAUCAGAUAAAAUACAAAUUCUAUUCAAGAGAGAAUAUUUCCUUAAUUUUUUAAAUGAUAUUAUGAGAUAGGUGAUUUAAAUGAUAUUAUGAGAUAGGUGAUUUAAAUGAUAUUAUGAGAUAGGUGAUUUAAAUGAU